CAAGCUGGCAGUUACCCGGGAGCCUUCCCCAGGAGCUGGCGGAGGAAUGAGCCCUUCUGGGAGGAGGAUGGGCGAAGGGCACCCGGAGCAGGGGGCUCCGGCCGGGAGGCGCCUUCCGAUGCCCGGGAGGAGAGGGUCGCCCCGCCGGCUGCCGGGCGGCGGCGCCGCCGCGCGGGCUCAGCGCCUCCUGGUCGGGCUCUUCCUGCACGCGUGGCUGUGGGCGGCUUCGGGGUCCUCUGCCCAGGUGUUCAACCUCAGCCUUUCCGUGGACGAGGGGCUUCCUCCGGAGACUCUGGUAGGUGACAUCCGCGCGGGGCUGCCCGCUGCGCAGCAGCAGGAGGCGGGCGGCUUCUUCCUAUCCGAGGACUCCGAUGACUCACCACUGUUGGACGACUUCCACGUGCAUCCGGACACCGGCAUCAUCCGCACGGCGCGGUGCCUGGACCGCGAGCGGCGGGACCGCUACAGCUUUGUGGCCGCCACGCUGCUGGGCGCCGUGGUGCAGGUGGAGAUCCUCGUCAACGACGUGAACGAUCACUCCCCCAGCUUUCCCCGCGACUCCCUGCAACUCGACGUCUCGGAGCUCAGCCCUCCAGGUACCGCCUUCCGCCUGCCGGGUGCCCACGACCCCGACGCCGGCCUGUUCAGCACACAGGGCUACACCCUGGUGCAGCCGUCCGACCUCCGUGAGGACCCCGCAGGGCCGUUUUUCCAGUUACGCUACGGCACUCCGGGGUCACCACCGUCGUCGGCGUCGCCCCUGGAGCCCCUGGACCUGGUGCUGUUGCGGCGCUUGGACCGAGAGACGGCGGCGGCGCACGAGCUGCAGAUCGAGGCGUGGGACGGCGGGCGCCCGCGGCGCGCGGGCCGCCUGCGCGUGGAGCUGCGCGUGCUGGACGAGAACGACAAUCCCCCGGUCUUCGAGCAGAGCGAGUACCGCGCCGCCGUGCGCGAGGACGCUCGGCCGGGGGCCGAGGUCUGUCGCGUUCGCGCCACCGACCGUGACCUGGGGCCCAAUGGCCAAGUGCACUACGGCCUCCGCGCCCGGCAGGCGCCCGGGCCGGGGGGCGAUGCGGCCUACUUCGCCGUGGAGGAGCUGAGCGGCGUGGUGCGCCUACAGAAACCGCUGGACCGCGAGGCACAGACCUGGCACCAGCUGGUAGUCGAGGCCCGCGACGGAGGGGCCGAGCCCGAGGUCGCCACGGUGCGCGUGUCCAUCGCGGUGCUGGACGUGAAUGACAACCCGCCCGCCCUUCACCUGCUCUUCCUCACCGAGGGUGGCGCCGCUCGCGUUUCCGAGGGCGCCGCGCUCGGCGACUAUGUGGCUCGCGUCUCCGUGUCCGACGCGGACGGGGACCCCGAGCAGGAUGAGGGGGCCAUCGGUGAACCCGGUGUGGGACUCGGGGGCGGAAGCAUCUCGUUGUCCCUGGAGGGAGGGGAUGGAGCCUUCGCGUUGCGCUCUGGCGGCUCCCCGGGGGUAUUUUUCCUCUGCGUCGAAGGGCCCCUGGACCGAGAGAGCCGCGACCUGUAUGAUUUGCGGCUGGUCGCCACGGAUGCGGGCGCCCCGCCCCUGAGCACCGAGGAAACGCUGCUGCUGCGGAUCGCCGACCUCAACGACCAGCCGCCUCUCUUCAGCCGGGAGCGUUACCUGGCCUCGGUGUCAGAGGCCGCGGCCCCCGGCACCGCGGUGGUGCGGGUCAGCGCCUCUGACGCGGACGAGGCUGGCACCGACCACGCGCGGCUGCGCUACGCACUGGUCCACCUGCCCGUUGGCUGCAACCCGGAAGGCGCGCGGCCCGCAGCGGAGUGCGGGCCGUCCUUCGCUAUUGAUCCUGAAAGCGGCGUGAUCAGCACUAUCCGGAGCCUGGACCGCGAGGUCCAGGAGGCAGUAGAGUUGCGAGUGGUAGCCCAGGACCUCGGAGAGCCCCCGCUCUCCGCCACCUGCCUGGUGAGCAUCACCGUGGACGACGUGAACGACAACGAGCCCAUCUUCAGGAGGCAGGUGUACAACGCCACCCUGGCGGAGCAUGCCCCAGUUGGACACUGCUUUUUGCAGGUUAAAGCUUCUGAUGCAGAUGCAGGACUCUAUGGCUUUGUUCAGUAUUCUCUUUAUGACGGAUUCCAAAGCUAUGACACAUCUCAGGCGUUCCAGAUCGACCCACAAGAUGGGCGAAUCUGUGUUUCUCAAGAGAUCGACAGGGAAAGGGAUCCAGCCACCUAUGACCUCUUGGUGAAAGCUAAGGAUGGGGGGGGACUAAGUGCCCAAGCUUUUGUUCGUGUGGAAAUAGAGGACGUGAAUGAUAAUGAACCUGUCUUUAACCCAUCAACCUACGUGAUGAGCAUUAGUGGCCAGACCCAACCAGGCACCGAGAUCAUCAAUGUCCUUGCCACUGACAGAGAUUCUGGGAUAUAUGGAACAGUGGCCUAUGAACUCGUUCCCGGAGACCUGUCAUCCCUUUUCGCCAUCGACUCCACUACAGGAAUUAUUUACUUAACAUCAACUCUUAGUCAUUUGGACGCUACUACACUUUUGCUGAUGGUCUGUGCUCGAGAUGGUGGCGGGCUCACAUCCAUCAUUAAUGCCGACAUCACUAUACACGUUCUUCAGACAAUGCUGGCGCCUGCUGAAUUUGAAAGGCCUAAGUAUACUUUCUCAGUUUAUGAAGAUGUACCUGAAGACAGUCCUGUGGGAACAGUGAAAGCAAAAGAGUCCUGGAAUUCCUCGGAGCCAGUUUCUUACAGAAUCUCCUCUGGUGAUCUGGACAGAAAGUUCUCUAUUCACCCAUGGCUGGGUGUCAUUCGAACCCAGAAGCCUCUGGAUCAUGAAACUCAGCCCGUGGUUGUGCUCACAGUGCAAGCACAGCUCGGCGGCUCCCCCGCCUACAGCAGUACAGAGGUCAACAUAACUGUAAUCGAUGUCAAUGACAACCACCCAGUAUUUCCCAAAGCCUCUGAUGAGGUGAAAAUAUCCCAGACCACUCUGCCUGGCACAGCCUUGUACCUUGCCCGUGCACAGGACAAAGAUAGCGGGCAGAAUGGAUUCAUCCGAUACACCAUUGCAAACCAGAAUCCAAGCAUCUUUUCCAUUGACUCGGGGCUUGGUGUGGUGUACCUCAAUGAGAGUCUGGGAAGUGACGCGCCCCAGAAGUGCACGCUAACUGUCAUGGCCCAGGACCUGGGCGUUCCUCCUCGGGCAUCCCUAUUAGUGCUGACAGUCGUGAUCGAAGGACAAAUGCAAAGCCCGUCUUUGACUUUUGCAAACUUGGUCUAUCAAGUGGAAGUUAGUGAGUCUCUCUCACUCAUGACCCAAAUACUGCAAAUACAGGCCUACCCACUUGGGCCACAGCGCGCAAACUCGGAGCUCCUGUACUCGCUGGGACUCAGCGCAGACUCUGCCGUGUUUGGCAUCCGCCCUCACACGGGUUGGAUUUAUUUGCGGCGACAGCUUGACUAUGAAUCCACACAGACAUAUAAUUUUAGGGUGUUUGCCUGGACCCCGGAGGACAGAUUGUCGCAAAAUGUGAGCACUUCAGUAAUUGUUCAUGUCCUGGAUGAGAAUGACAAUUCCCCUACCUUCUUGCAUGAUGUGUUGUUUUUGAAAGUGGAGGAGAGCCCCGUUCCCCAAGGGGUAAUAGGCAAAAUUACAGCAAUUGACAGAGACUCGGGAAAGAAUGGACAGCUGUCAUAUUUCCUUUUGUCUGAUGGAAAAUUCUUCAAGAUGAAUCCUAAUACAGGCGAAUUGCUCAGUUGGGUGGCAUUGGACCAUGAGCAUCAGGUGCACCAUCAGGUGACCGUCUUAGUGACCGACCAUGGCUCCCCACCACGAAACACCAGCAUGGUGGUUUAUGUCUCAGUCACUGACAUCAAUGACAACAAGCCAUAUUUCCCACAGUGUCUCCCUGGAAAGGAAUUGCACGUCAAGGUUCUGGAAAGUCAACCAGUAAAUAUGUUGGUUACAACUGUGUUUGCAAAGGAUUUUGACGAAGGAAACAAUGCAGAAAUUGUAUAUUCAAUAUCUUCAGAAGAUAGUUCUGAUCACUUCAAGAUCGAUGCCAACAGUGGUGAAAUAAGAACAACCACAAUACUUUCACAUGACCACAGACCCUCUUACAGGAUGACCGUAUUUGCCAGUGACCAGGGAGAGCCUCCUCUUCAAGGACAGGCCAUCAUUAAUAUCCAGGUGAUACCACUGUCUUAAGGGAGAGCUAUCAUUUCUCAGAAUAUUAGACACUUAGUUUUACCGGAAAACUUGAAGCCUGCAAAAAUAAUGAGCUUGAUAAAGUCACCCGAUCACCUUCAGCAACAUCAUAAUGGAAAGUUACAUUUUAGUAUUGCUGCAGAUGACCAGGAUGGUCACUUCAAAAUUGACAGCUCAACAGGUGACUUAUUCCUUUCUAAGGAACUUGAUUAUGAAAUGACAUCGCAUUAUUUAUUCAGGGUGGUUACUAAAGACCAUAGCAAAACCCCUCCCCUGAAUAGCACAGUCUUCCUUAGUAUUGAUGUGGAGGAUCAGAAUGACCAUUCCCCGUCUUUCCAAGAGGAGCUCAUUGUGAUAAGCGUGAAGGAGAAUGUCCCUAUAGGGACACUGGUGCAUGUCUUCAAUGCCAAAGAUGGAGAUGGCAGUUUUUUGAACAGUAGAAUUCAAUACUUCAUCGAAUCCCACCACCCUGGAACGAGUCCAUUUCUCAUCCACCCCUCAUUUGGCACAUUAGUCACCGCAUCCCCCCUUGACAGAGAGAGAGUUCCAGCUGUCGUCCUGACAAUAACAGCAUCCGAUCAGGCUGUGAAUGUGACAGACCGGCGCGUGGGAUCACUGAUGGCAAAGGUGGUGAUUUUGGAUGUAAAUGACCACAGCCCCACUUUUAUGUCUUUUCCCAUUGCCCACAUCAAAGAGGAUGCCACAGUGGGCUCCUUGGUGCACCACAUAACUGCUCAAGAUCCAGAUGAAGGAAGGAAUGGAAGAGUAACAUACAGCAUCCUUUCAGGAAAUGAAAACAUGGCCUUUAUGCUAGAUGAGUCAUCAGGCUUACUAACAACAACUUGUCCUUUGGACUAUGAAAUAAAAACUCAGCACGUCCUGACCCUUCUGGCCCUGGAUGAUGGCGUACCCGCGCUUUCUUCAUCCCAGACUUUGACAAUUACUGUUCUUGAUGUAAAUGAUGAGGCACCAGUAUUUCAGCAGAACUUGUAUGAAGCUUCAGUUAAAGAAAACCAAAAUCCAGGGGAGUUUGUCACAAGGGUCGAAGCUAUGGACAGAGAUUCAGGAAUCAAUUCCAAGUUUCAGUUUGAAAUCAUGCCAGGUGCUUCAUCUGAGUUGUUCAAGAUAAAUCCUGACACUGGAGAGGUAGUGACAACCACCACACUUGACAGAGAAUCUCAGGAAGUUUUCACCCUUCGAGUGCUUGUGCGAGAUGGAGGAGUCCCUUCAUUAUCUGGCACCACCACAGUUCUCUGCACUGUGGAAGAUGAAAACGAUCACGCACCACAGAUUAUUGUCCCCACUCAUAACAUUGAGGUUCUGGAAAACCAAGAGCCAGGGGUUGCCUACACUGUUUUGGCUUCUGAUAUGGAUGCUGGCAAUAACGGAGCUGUCAGGUAUCAUAUAAUUGAUGGAAAUACUGAUGAAUACUUUGCUAUUAACGAAACAUCAGGAGACCUCUCAACCACUCGCGCUUUGGACCGGGAGCAAGUCAGCAAUUUUACCUUAGUCAUCCUGUGCUCCGAUCUAGGGGACCCACCGAGGAGCUCUCUAGCGCAGUUGCACGUCAGAGUUUUGGACGACAAUGACCAUGAGCCUGCCUUCCCCACGCUGCAUUACCAGGCCUCUGUGAGAGAAGAUGCUGCAGUGGGGACAGUGGUUCUUGUGUUGUCUGCCGUGGACAAGGACGAAGGUCUGAAUGGGCAAACUGAGUAUUUUCUGGCGGGUGAAACUUCUGGUGCAUUCACCAUUGAUCCUGUGGUGGGGACAUUGAGAACCUGCCACACCUUGGACCGAGAAGCCAGAUCUCAGCAUACGUUCAGGGCUGUGGCCAGAGACUGUAGUGUCCAGGGCUCAAGAAGCACCACAGUCAUUAUUAAAGUGCAUGUCAUGGAUGUUAAUGACAACAAUCCAGUGUGGGAGCAGAACCCCUUUGAAAUUUUUCUUUCCCCCCAGUCACCUACUAACCAGACAACUGCCAUUCUGACAGCCAGUGACCCCGACUUGGGACCCAAUGGAACGGUCAUGUUUGGUUUCGCAGAGACUCAGUCAGUGUUUUCAAUUGAUGAGUAUACAGGAGAAGUUCAGCUUCGGCACAACCCAUCUUCAGAACAUUUUCCAAUCUUGCUGCAGUUAAAAGUUAUGGACCAAGGGGUCCCAGCUAGGACAGCCCCUGGCCUCUUAGUCGUUCACAUGGAAGGAGAAGAUGGAAAGAUUUCCUUCAGCCACCCUCUUUAUAAAGGGACUGUGACUGAAAAUUGUGAUGCAGGUACUUCUAUUGUGACUGUAAAAGCUAUUGCUCCUGACCCAAUACAAGACAGCAUUAAAUAUUCCAUUUUUAGUGGAAACGAAGAUGGGGUUUUUUCCCUGUGCUCCAACUCAGGAGAACUCACUGUGAAAGAACCCAAGUUUCUGGACUUUGAAGUCAGAAAUGAAGUACAGCUCAUCAUUUUAGCAGAAAGUAGGGGACAUAGAGCCUUCAGCAAAGUAGCAGUCUUGAUACAAGAUGUGAAUGAUAACUUACCGUGCUUUGAGCAGAGCAUGUACAAAGUAUCAGUGCCUGAAGGCCAUUUCUACAAUGCUCAUAUCAUACAGGUUUUUGCUACCGACCUGGACAGUGGAUUGAAUGGCCUCAUUGAGUACUCUAUUCUCUCUGGGAACCAAGAGGAAGCCUUCCACAUGGACGCGCUGAGUGGUAUGGUGACAGCAAAUGCGAUUCUAGAUUACGAGUUCACCAACUCCUACAGCUUGAUUGUGCAAGCUACAGAUAAGGGGAUGCCCAGACUUUCUGGUACAAGUGUGAUCAAGAUACAGGUGACCGAUACAAAUGACAAUGCCCCUGCGUUUCUCCCCUCUGGAGAAGUGGAAAUUGCAGAAAAUUCUUUGCCUGGUGUGAUUGUGACUCAGAUAUCAGUUCAUGAUGUGGAUUUGAAUCCAGCUUUCAUCUUCAAUUUUGCCAAAGAGAGUAAUCCUGGAACCAAGUUUGCCAUUGAUCGGAACACUGGAGCAGUGGUGCUAGUGAAAACAUUGGAUUUUGAAGAAGCUACUGAAUAUGAGCUGCUCGUCCAAAUUUCAGAUACUGUGCAUCACACAGAGGGAAGAGUCAUGGUCCGUGUGUUGGACGUCAAUGACAACCCACCAGUAUUUUCUCAAGAUUCUUACCAGGCCACUGUUCCCGAAUCAGUGUCUGUAGGGUACUCGGUGCUGACUGUGGCAGCCACAGACAUAGAAAGCAACGAGAACAUUUCUUACAGAAUCCUUUCCUCAUCGAAGGAAUUUUCAAUUGAUCCGGUGAAUGGCACAAUAUUUACUAUCAGUCCUCUAUUACGUCUGGAUAAAAAAUCAACAAUCCAGUUUCUUGUUGAAGCCAGUGAUGGUGGAAUUCCUGACCUGAGUGCUCUUACCUUAGUAGAAAUAGAAAUACAAGAUACAAACAAUUAUGCCCCUGAGUUUGCAAUAGAAUAUUAUAACCUUAGCUUGAGUGAAGAUGUUCAAAUUGGAGGCACACUUCUCACAUUUUCAACCAUGGACCGUGACUGGACCUGUGAAAACAUCCAUGUUGAUUAUUCUAUCAUCAGUGGUAAUUCACAGAAUAAUUUCCAUGUAGAAACCAGUUUCAUUCAUUCAGAAUAUCCGUAUAAGCAAGUUGGUUAUCUGGUGUUGCUUCAUAGUCUGGACAGAGAAGCAGCUGCUAGUCAUAACCUUGUCAUCCUGGCAUCUGACCAUGGCUUCCCUCCAUUGAGCUCUACAGCCAUUGUAUCAAUAGAAGUACUUGAUGUCAAUGAUAAUCCACCCAAAUUCAACACUCUGAAAUACCAUGCCCAUGUCAAGGAAAGUACCCCUCUAGGGAGUCACAUCACUGUGGUCUCUGCAACUGACCGUGAUGUGGGUCCACAUGCAGAAAUUGUCUACUACAUAAUCUCUGGAAAUGAGAAAGGGCAUUUUCAUUUGGAAGGGAAAACUGGAGUUCUUUAUUUGAUUAAACCUCUGGAUUAUGAAGAAAUGACAAAAUUCACUUUAACUAUUCAAGCUUCAGAUGAAGAGAGGAAGCAUUUUUCUUUUGCGGUCAUGUUUAUCAAUGUCCUGGAUGAUAAUGACCAUGCACCUCAGUUUAUGUUCUCGAGCUUGAAUUGUGUUGUUCCUGAAAAUGUGCCUGUUUUCUCUACCAUAUGUUCCGUAAAUGCUUUGGAUUUUGAUGCAGGUCCUUAUGGAGAAUUGACCUAUUCUAUUUCAUCACCCUGUUCCACCAUUCAUAGGAUGCCUCAUGAUCAUGAUCCCUUCCUCAUUGACCCUUUAACAGGGGAUAUUCACACUAAGCAAGUCCUUGACUAUGAAAAUGACAACAAAUACUGCCUCACAGUUCAGGCAAAAGACAAAGGGGACUCAGCAGCCUCCUUAAUGGUUUGGGUGGAUAUUGAAGGGAUAGAUGAGUUUGAACCCAUUUUUACUCAAGAUCAGUAUUUUUUCAACCUUCCAGAAAAGAAUAAAGCAAGACAGUUGAUUGGCAGAGUGGAAGCAUCAGAUGCAGAUGCUGGUAUUGAUGGAGUUAUUCUUUACUCUUUGGAAACUCCAUCUCCUUUCUUUUUAGUAAACAAAACUAAUGGAAAUAUUUAUUUGGCUAGAGCGCUUCCCCUGAUAAGAAGUCAAAUCCGUGAACAGGACAUCAUUGAAAUGAAAAUAAUUGCUCACAGUCCCAAACCGGACUCCAAGUUUACAUUUUGCAGUGUUUUUGUAAAUGUGUCUUCUUUCUCAGAAGGACAACACUCAGCAAUAUCAGGUAUCAGCUUUUCAAUCAGCCUCACAGUCUCCUUUUUAGUGUUUCUGAUACUCAUCUUCAUACUAAUUGUAUUGAUUUUAAGACAUAAACAAAAAGACACAGCAAAGAAUUAUGAAGAAAAGAAAACCUCAUCAUCCUUAGAUAUCAAUUUGAGACUGACCACAGAGGGCGGCAUGCUCAAGACCUACCAAAAAGCUCAGGAGUGCCAUAAUGAGGCAGUGGCUGUGGACUCCAUGCCUGAGUGGUUGAGUUUAAUAAGUAUCAUGGAGAAAGACAUUGUGAAUCUGUACAGGCACUCAAACUCCAGUGGCCACUGUUCUGUGGAAGGAGAAAGUGCAGAAGAUAAGGAAAUCCAGAGGAUAAAUGAGCAUCCUUACAGAAAGGACUCUGGCUCAGCAAUGAGUGACCGGGAAUCCAGGGUCCCAGACUCUGGAAUCCCGAGGGACUCAGAUCAGCUCUCCUGCUUAUCUGGAGAAACCGAUGUGGUGGUCACUGCCGAAACCGCAGAAACCAGCCACACAUUUGAGGAAGAUCAAGAAGGCUGUGGUACAACCUGUGUUCAAAAUUUUGUGUUACCUCAGACACUAAAGAAGAGAGAGAGAAAGGAGAACAUCCUGGCUGAUGUCAGGAGAGAGUUUGCCUUUAUUUCACAUGAUCAGGAAGUGAGCUGUGUAGCUCUUUCCACCCAGAGAACCUCCAAUCAUGAUGUGAGAGGCAGCUACCACUGGGAUAAUCUCCUCAGUUGGGAACCCAAGUUCCAACCUCUCGCCUCGGUAUUUAACGAUAUCGCAAAACUGAAAGACGAACAUUUACAUACACCUGGCGUUCCAAAAGAGAAAUCUUUAGUUAUUCCACCACCUUUGAUAACAGCAGUAGCCCAGCCUGGGAUUAAAGCAGUUCCACCAAGAAUGCCAGCCAGAACUCCAGGGUAAGUGCUUCAGAAAUACCCACACUCCCCCCUUCCCUACCAUCUCAGUUCUCUGCCGGAAGUCACGACCCACAGCUUUUCCCCAUCUCUUUUCCUGCUGACCACACAGACACCUGCCAGGACCCCACUGUUUUCAGAGGGGGAGUCGUUAGGAACACAUCUAAGUGGGACAUGCCGUGAACUUAAAGCAGAAGAUGAAGUUCAAAUAUAACAUGAUUGUGAUGUCAGGUACCUGCUCACCCUUGGUCAUGAAUGGUAAGACAAUACAUUCUUAGGCUAGCUUCUUAAGAUUGGCUACAACGUAGUGAGGGAUUUCAGAACCUCCUCAUUUAAGUUUCUCAAAUUUCUUCCAGCCUUAAUGAGAAGUUAUCACCUCCUUUAACCUUUAUGUUUUGCUCUCAGGACUCAAGUUUGUACGUAUAACUAAUGUGUAUUCUGUCAUUGGUUUUCUGUAUGAUUAGAUCUCCAAAGGACACAAUGAAGUUGACUGACUGCCAAAAUGCUUAUAUGAAAAUAUAUGGUAAUAAGUAUAGUGCAGUCUGGUCACAUUACUGCUGAUUAUACUGCUAUAUCUAAAAUAAAUUAGUAAAGAGUGAAUAAGGAAUGAAUGUAGAACAUAAAAAAUAAUGGAACAGAGAAACUGGAAAGGAUAAACUUAGAUUUGAAAAUGAAAUGAUUUUCUGUAGAUCCAAUAUGUUUAGAGAUGUAUUUCUCCACUUUCCCCAUAUGCUACACUUACAGAAUUUUACCAUAAUUUGAAUUUUAAUGUGGUGUCUUUUGGAAACCUAAUGAGAAGUUACAAAUGAAAUUUGUCAUAACUGUACCAAAUAAGAGAACUAUUCUUGAUUAAAUGAACCAGAAAUGCAUGUUCUUGAUAGAGGGCCAGGAUGAUAAAAGCAAUAAGGAUAUGGCUGACCACCACCUAAGACAUAUUUCCUUGGCCUUCUUUAUAAAUACAAUGACAAUUUUUUUCAGAGCUCUGUCUUAUAACAGGUACAGGUAUACACAUUAAAUUUUGAAGAUUCAUAUUUGUAGAUAUUUCUUCAUUUUAUUUUCUUUGAGAUACAGUAACUUUUGGUGUGAAAUAAUUUAUCCAACUUCAGUGUCACUUUUAAAAGUUUGCAUAGAUAAAAUUAUGUUAUUAGCUAAUAACAAAUUUCAUAGAGUAAUUUAGCAAUAUAUUUUUAAAUGAAGAUUUUUUUAUAUAAAUAUUUCUACUAUAAAAGCUAAGAAUGGAUGUCACAAGUUUCUCUUCCACUUGUUCAUAUUCAUGUUUAGCUUUAACUGUCAUUAGACGGAACAGUUUGGAAACAUGGUUAAAAUAAUUCCGUAUUGUACAGCUACUGUUUCAGAUAUAUAGUGCUGUUAUGUGGUGCUUACAUGUAAUGCUAUAUCCUUCUCCCUGGUGAGCCUGAGAAUCCAUCAAAGAUUCUUAUCCCUUCCAGGAAAGCAGACUGCAUGCUGCUGCUGAUGGUCCAGAAGUCAUCCAUGGUAGGCAAAUGGCCAGGCGUUGGGAUAAGAGUGUAGGAUCCUAAUGUCAAGUCUAGAAGGCAUCUGAUAUAGUUUUCUUUUUUAAAUUUUUUAAUGUUUAUUUAUUUUUAGGGGAGGGGCAGGGAGA